AUGACCAAUGCCACCAAGGUGAUGGGAUUCCUCCUGCUGGGAUUCUCAGAGAUCCGGGAGCUGCAGCUGGUCCACGCCGUGCUGUUCCUCCUGGUCUACCUGGUAGCCCUGAUAGGGAAUCUCCUCAUCAUCGCUGUCACGGCCCUCGACCGGUGCCUCCACACCCCCAUGUACUUCUUCCUCAAGCACCUGUCCUUCUUUGAUUUCUGCCUCAUCUCUGUCACCGUCCCCAAGUCCAUCGUCAAUUCCCUGACGGACCAUAGAGAAAUCUGUUUUGGGGGCUGUGUAGCCCAGGUCUUUUUGGUGAUUCUCUUCAUUGCUUCAGAGCUGUCCAUCCUCACGGCGAUGUCCUAUGACCGCUACGCUGCCAUCUGCCGCCCCCUGCACUAUGGGGCCAUCAUGGACCGAGGUGCCUGUGGGAAGUUGGCUGCCGCCUCCUGGCUCAGCGGGGGGCUGUUCGGGGCAAUGUACUCAGCCGGGACGUUCACGUUAAGCUUCUGCGAGUCCAACCUGAUCCAGCAGUUCUUUUGCGACGUCCCCUCCUUACUGAAAAUGUCCUGCUCUGAAACGCACGUUGUCAUUGACGUCAGCGUGGCCAUCGGCAUCGGCUUUGGUUUCAUCUCCUUCGUCUCCAUCGUUGUCUCCUACGUCCGCAUAUUCUCGGCUGUGCUGAGGUUCCCAUCCACCGAGAGUCGGGCCAAAGCCUUCUCCACCUGCCUGCCCCACCUUGCCGUCGUCACCGUUUUUCUCUCGACCGGAGCCUUUGCUUACCUCAAGCCCAUGUCAGACUCCCCCUCGACCCUGGACCUGCUGGUGUCCGUAUUCUACUCUGUGGUGCCCCCCUCCCUGAACCCCCUAAUUUAUAGUCUAAGGAACAGGGACAUGCAGGCUGCCCUGGGGAGGCUGUUGGGUGUGAGAAGAUGGUUCUGA